AUGAUUAAGAUUCCGCACCAGGCAAAAGCAACAUCACUCCACGGAGCCGCUGGGGCCCAAUUUCCUCCCGCGUGUCAUGAAAGUAAAGGAAUGAAUUUCCUGCUUCCCGACACCUGCACGUGUCCGUUCGACUGCGAUGAAAAUCGUUCUUUCAAUUGUUGCAAGAAGCAAGCGAAUGUAAACCGAAGGGAUUCACUCCUCGUUGACCUGGAUAAAAUUUUUCGAGAAACGGAUCUUGUUUCAAGUGGGAGAAUGACCGCGAAUACCCCAGAAAAUUUCUGCAAGAAUAUUUUCACGGUGAAACGGGACAUGGUGAGCUUGAAGUGUGAAAUCGACUCACUGCAAGCUGCCAAAGAGGAGAUUGAAGAGCUCAGGGAUUGUGUGGACCGAUUAGAAAUUCAGACUUCUAGGAGACGCAGGCGAAUGCGACUAGUAGAGCAGAAAAUGUAUUAUGUUUAUUUUUCUGUGUUAUGCUGUCGUGGGACUCGUCAGGGUUUGACGUGUUUCCUAGUCUAUGCUAUUUUUGCUGCUGUUCUCGGCAUGUUUCAAUUCGGAUUCAACACCGGUGUCAUCAACGCGCCUCAACGAAUAAUCGAGGAUUUCAUUGCGGAAAUCUGGUCAAAGAGAUACGGCGAGAAGAUCGACAAGGGAAUCAAGGAUUUCUUGUGGUCUGUCGCCGUGUCCGUUUUCGCGAUCGGCGGGAUGAUCGGCGGCUUCGCAGGCGGUUUCAUUGCCAAUCGAUUCGGAAGACGAGGUGGUCUUUUGCUCAAUAACUUGUUAGGAAUAGCGGGCGGAUGCGUCAUGGGAUUCACAAAAAUGGCCUUCUCGUAUGAAAUGCUCAUAUUCGGAAGAUUCCUCAUUGGAAUAAACUGCGGGCUGAACACGUCCCUGGCCCCGAUGUACAUAAGUGAAAUCGCGCCUCUGAACCUGCGUGGCGGGCUGGGCGUGGUGAAUCAGUUGGCUGUGACCGUGGGACUCCUGCUGUCCCAGAUCCUAGGGAUCGAGCAGAUCCUGGGCACGCCCGACGGCUGGCCCCUCCUGCUCGGGCUGGCCGUCUGCCCGGCCAUCCUCCAGCUCAUCCUCCUGCCCAUUUGCCCGGAGUCGCCGCGCUACCUGCUCAUCUCGCGCCAGCGCGAGGACGAUGCCAGGAAAGAUAAUCGAGGAUUUCAUUGCGGAGAUCUGAGAUACGGCGAGAAGAUCGACAAAGGAAUCAAGGAUUUCUUGUGGUCUGUCGCCGUAUCCGUUUUCGCAAUCGGCGGGAUGAUCGGCGGCUUCGCAGGCGGUUUCAUUGCCAAUCGAUUCGGAAGACGAGGUGGUCUUUUGCUCAAUAACUUGUUAGGAAUAGCGGGCGGAUGCGUCAUGGGAUUCACAAAAAUGGCCUUCUCAUAUGAAAUGCUCAUAUUCGGAAGAUUCCUCAUUGGAAUAAACUGCGCCCUGAGAAGACUGCGGAACACGUCGCAAGUGGAAGCGGAUAUCGAGGAAAUGCGGGGCGAGGAGCGAUCGCAGUCCAGGGAAGCUCAGGUGUCCAUGUGCGAGCUUUUGUCUUUACGCUCAUUCCGAAUGCCGCUCAUCAUCGGAGUGGUCAUGCAGCUUUCUCAGCAAUUCUCAGGAAUCAAUGCGGUGUUCUACUAUUCCGUGGACUUGUUCGAAAGUGCUGGACUGUCGAGAUUCGCUGCUCAUUCGGCGACGAUCGGCGUCGGUGCGGAAAUGGUGCUCAUGACACUGGUGUCGAUCCCACUCAUGGAUCGAGCGGGUCGGAGAACCUUGCACCUUUACGGACUCGGCGGGAUGUUCAUCUUCUCUGUCUUCAUUACCAUAUCACUCCUUGUCCGGCAAAUGAUCAAGUGGGUGAGCUACUUGUCGGUGAUUUCGACGCUGUGCUUCGUGGUGUUCUUCGCCGUGGGGCCGGGUUCGAUCCCGUGGAUGAUCACUGCCGAGCUGUUCUCCACGGGUCCCCGGCCAGCUGCCAUGUCCAUCGCAGUGCUGGUCAACUGGCUGGCCAACUUCGUGGUCGGCAUCGGAGUGCCGCCACUCAAGCUCAUGCUCGGCAACUACACCUUUCUGCCGUUUUCCGUUUUCCUGGGCGGCUUUUGGAUCUUCACGUACCGCAUGGUGCCCGAGACGAGGGGCAAGACGUUCGAGGAAAUAGCCGCCUCUUUCCGCCGCUCCGGCCGACACAGCAGGUCCGCCGAAAAAUAUAAGCGCCUGUCAUCCGUCUGA